UCAUUGUGCUAAGCUAACGUGCUAUGCUAACUUCUGGAGUUUCCCCACUGCCACCAGCCUCCCCCCCGGUGCAGAACCAGCUCUGCCAGGGUCCCGUCCCCAGCCGCUCCCAGCUGUGCCACCUCCCCUGCCCCACCGAGUGCCAGGUGUCCCCCUGGGGGGCCUGGGGGCCCUGCACCUUCGAGAACUGUGACGACCAGGCGGGGAAAAAAGGCUUCAAGAUACGGAGGAGACGGGUCAGCAACGCGCCCACUGGGGGCCCGGGGAGCUGCCCCCACCUCCUGGAGGCGGUCCCCUGUGAAGACCCCCGCUGUCACGACUGGCGCCUGGUCAGCCUGGACCGCUGUCGCCCUGACGACGGCAAGCCCUGCGGCCCGGGGGCGCAGACCCCGCAGAUCCAGUGUGUGAACAGUAGCGGUGGGGAGGUGGACAAGAGCCUGUGCUCGUCCAGCCUGCCCCCGGAGCAGGUGCCCUGCCUGGUGCCCUGCUCCAGGGACUGUGUGCUGAGCGACUGGACCCCCUGGUCCAGCUGCUCCCAGACCUGCUCCAGUAAGACCAUCGAGGGGAAGCAGAUGAGGACGCGCUCCAUCCUGGCCUACAACGCCGGGGAGGUCGCCUCUAUGGUAGUGGCUUGGAUCUCAGUAAUGGAGGGUCGUUCGCGGCUGUCAAAACUUCCAACGAUUUCCGGUAAAAGUGUUUUUUUUUUGUAAAACUACGACUGUAGAGUAGCAAUUUCUUAUUUGUAGGCUUUUUUUUAUCUAAUAUCGCAUCUGAGGAAGUUAAGAGAAAAGUUAGAUCAGGCUAUGAAAGAAUGUCCGUCAUGAAAAAUACAUUUGGGGGGUUUAUGUUGUGAUGGGAUCUAGCUGUGUAUGUGUGCCACGAUGGCAGACAGAUUUGAUAUGCGGACAAGCAGUGAAUUCCUCUGAUACAGUCUGAGUGUUGACACUCUGAAAGAGUCAGCAAAUUGCACCGUUAAUAUAAUAUGAACAUAUUGUACAAGAUGUGUAUUGCAUUUAUAAAUAAAAUCGUAUCUAUAUAAGAAACAAAUUGAAAAUUCCCUUCUCAUAUGAAACGAACAUCCAAGAUGGUGAGACCAGACCGUGGCACCAGCAAAGGAAACAUUCUAAUGGCCAUCCUAGUGCUAUCUAGCUUUAAAACCUAGCAUCACGGCAGUAAGCUAAAGGAACAGCCCAAUAACACACUGGUGCUUGCUAGCUUUGAAACCUAGCAUCACAGCAGUUAGCGAACGGAACAGCUCAUUAUCACACUUGUGCUAGGUAGCUUUAAAACCUAGCAUCACGGCAGUAAGCAAAAGGAACAGCCCAUUAACCCACUUGUGCUAGCUAGCUUUAAAAGCUAGCAUCAUAACAGUUAUCUAAUAGAACAGCCUGUGAUCAUGCUAGUGCUACCUAGCUUUGGAACUAGCACCCUAAUGCGUUUUUAGUGAGCCCAGUUAGCAUUAACCAACCAGCGGGAGGAAAGCUGAUUCCCGAUUAAGGUGAGAUUUGUUGCUCUUCCACCACAUCCUGUUCUGUUGAUCAUUGUCUCUCAUUACACAGACGGCUUUCAAUUAAUGGAGGAGAAAAAAAAAAACCACGGCAACGAGAAUUCUGCACAGCCCAUAAUGUCACUCAAACACAUAUUUAAAUGAAGCCAUUAAGCACGGUCAAUUACUUCUGACACAAGGGGUGG